CAUCGCCCUCUUUUUGUUCACCGCUUUCGAGCCCGUCUUUGCACAGUCGGAGCGAAAGGCGGUGGUAACGACAGUAACGGUUCGUUAACCAGUCUGGCCGUUUGGCUAGCUCCAUCACGCACAUGGCUGGCCUGCACCACCGCCGCCCUCAGUCACCUCUUCCCGCAACCGCCGCUGCUGCUGCUGCUGCAUGCACCUUCGGCAGAUCCACUCGUUUGCCCUGCCAAUUGCAUCCACCACAUCCCACCAGCACAUAUGCACACGCUGCAUACAUUUCCCCGCCCUUCUCGCGUGGGGGGGCUGCAUCAUCUCGUCCCUCUGCCUGUUGCUUCCAAACCACCACCAAAACACACCAUCCAUCUGGAACAUGGCCACAUCGUGAGCAAUGUAUACAUACAUACUUGCUGUGCAAUUGUCGCUCUCUCAUCCAGUCCACGUGAGCCUUGCCCCUUCAUCCUUGGCGACUCGCGCGCCUAUAUCCUAUGUAUGCUUGCUAUGCACAUAAUACCG